GAGGCGAAGUAAAAGGCCCGGGGAGUCUCUCCUGCGCAAGCGCCAACAGCACCGGACGUGCUUUCCCGUCGGAAGAGGAUAGGAAACGGACCGGCGCCGGAUGUUGCUGUCCGGACCUAGCGCUGUCGACUGUGGCGGGUAGGCGGGCCGCGCAGGCGCAGAGAGCGCGGGCCACGCCGGCCGAAGCAGCCUCAGAGCGGGAUGCGGUGACGCCCCUGGGCGACCAUGGCAGCUGCCGAUGAGCUGGCCUUUCACGAGUUCGAGGAAGCCACUAAUCUGCUGGCCCAGACCCCAGAUGCAGCCACCACUAGCAGAAGUGAGCCACUGACCCCGCAGGGGCACGUGGCUGUGGCCGUGGACUCAGGGGGCAGCUAUGGAGCUGAGGACGAGGUGGAGGAGAGUGACAAGACGGCGCUCCUGCAGGAGGAGAAGCAGCAGCCUGGGUUCUGGACCUUCAGCUACUAUCAGAGCUUCUUCGACGUGGACACCUCACAGGCGUCCACCCUGGCCCAGCCUUGCCCCCAGGUCCUGGACCGGAUCAGAGGUUCGCUGCUGCCCCGGCCCGGCCACAACUUUGUACGGCACCAUCUGCGGAAUCGGCCGGACCUGUACGGCCCCUUCUGGAUCUGCGCCACGCUGGCCUUCGUCCUGGCCAUCAGCGGCAACCUGACACUGGUGCUGGCCCAGAGGAGGGACCCCUCCAUCCACUACAGCCCCCAGUUCCACAAGGUGACCGUGGCGGGCGUCACCAUCUACUGCUACGCCUGGCUGGUGCCGCUGGCGCUCUGGGGCUUCCUGCGGUGGCGCAAGGGCGUCCGCGAGCGCGUGGGGCCGUACACUUUCCUGGAGACCGUGUGCAUCUACGGCUACUCGCUCUUCGUCUUCAUCCCCACUGUGGUCCUGUGGCUCAUCCCCGUCCCGUGGCUGCAGUGGCUCUUUGGGGCACUGGCCCUGGCCCUGUCAGCGGCCGGCCUGGUGUUCACCCUCUGGCCCGUCGUCCGCGAGGACACCCGGCUGGCGGCCGCCGUGCUGCUGUCUGUCGUCGUGCUGCUCCACGCCCUCCUGGCCCUGGGCUGUAAGUUUUACUUCUUCCAGCCGCUGCCUCCGGUGCACGCGGCACCUCCCCCCCAGGCCACGUCUCUGCCCCCAAGCGUACUGCUGCCGUCCACAGCGCCACGGCCCGCGUCAACCUAGGAGGCUGGAGCCUGCAGGAGUCUCUCUCUUCCAGGCCCAGCGUGAGGGAACACCUCUGCCCGCCCCACCCACCCACCCCCAGAGGAUGAAUGAAGGCUCCCCUGACACCUCGAGAUCACUCUGCUACUUUCCAGACUUUUCUUACAAAGCAAACACUUUUAUUUUCUAUGCAAAGGUGAUUCAGAGAAUUUAUAUAAAGGCGGGAGAGGGGCAGCUGAGCAGGGAGCGUCCAGCGCGGCUGUCGCCUUGAGGGCCACCUGCCGCCGUCUGCCUUCCCUGACAGGACGGGCGGAAGGGCAGAGCGGGCUGCUCCAGCCUCGACUGUGCCCGCUCCUCCUGGGGGCCCAGUGACCGGGGCCUGGGGCCUCGCCUGAGCUCCACCACGUUGAGGUUGGGGGUGUCAGAAACGGGGAGCAGGAGUAGAAGAACAUGGCCUGUGCUGAAACAUACAUUUCCUUGUUUAUUUUUUUUCUUUUUUUUUUUUUUUUUUUUGGAGGGAGCAGUCCCUGCAAGGCCCCUUCCCAGGCUGGGGAGGGACCCAGAUGCCAUCUUAGUAGUAGGGACUGGAGCGUCUACAAAGACCGAGGGAAAUACACAGGCCUGAUGUUAGCUACGAGGAAAGAGAACGCCUUCCACGACAGAUCCGUGAGGUUUCUGUGUCUGCCCCAGGCGGCCAAGGGACCCCUCCCUCCAGGCCGGCCGCCUGGGCUGGCUCGUGGCGGGCGGGGGCACCUGCGGGGGCCCAGGGACAGGACAGCAGCAAGAGGCAGGGGCCGAGGACGGAGGGCCUUCCCGACGGCGGCGUGGGUUGUACAUUCAAGUGUGAGGUGAACCCUUUGGUGGGAGGGGGCCCCGGCCCACAGACCCAGCAGGGCCGCCCCUCACCACGGAGCCAAGUCGGGGAGAGGGGCUGCUGGCUCGGCCCGGCCGGCCUGGUUUCUCAGAGGGUCUGUGGAUUGACACUGGUUCUUUUCGUAAAAAAAUAAAAUUAAAAAAAGCAGCA